UUAGAAGAUAUCACAAAAGCAUAUUAUAAAAAAAAAAAACUUACCCAUUAAGAAAUAACACUCUUUUUUGAGUGUCUUAAUUUUUGGAGCUCUAAAUGGUUACCCAUCAGCCUCUUUAAUGUCCCCUUAUGCUUGCUUGCUUUGUUAUUUGUAUGUGUGUAAUGGAUGAAGAUUUGGGGUUUGCUGAAAACCCAUUUAAUGAGUUGAAGAUGAUGAUGAGAAGAGAAGGCGAUGAGGAAGAUGAAUCAAACGGUUCAUGUGGUUUCCAUAGAGAAAUAUUGUUCCCUUCAAUGAACACUAAUUGUAGUAAUGUGUUCUCCUCUCCCAAUUCCGCGUCUUGCGAUACCGCUCUCGACGUGCACCGCCAUCACCAUCUCAGCGUGAUGGCAGAGCGGAAGCUGAGAAGAAUGAUAUCUAAUCGGGAGUCGGCGAGGAGGUCGAGGAUGAGGAAGAAGAAGCAGAUCGAGGAGUUGCAAUACCAGGUCGGGCAGUUGGAAGGUUCGAACCGUCAGCUGUCGGAGAAGCUGAUACAGCUACUGGAAUGCAACCAGCAGAUCCUGCAUGAGAAUGCAGAGCUCAGACGCAAGGUUUCAUCUCUUCAGAUUAUUCUUACUGAUUUCUUGACGCCAUUAAGAAGCUGUGAUGAGCCUUUUGGGAGCUCCAUUAAUACUCGAAGACCUGAACCUGAUAUGUAGACCACUUUAUAUAUAUAUAUACUGUAGAUCUUUAUCCUUCUUCAUCAUCACUGCUUUUAAUCUAAUUUGAUUUCUGGUUCUUUUCAUUGGGUUUUAGGUUCUUUUUCUUUCUCUUUUUACUUUUUCUUUAACAGUUCAUGGUUUUAUGAUGUGGGCCAUACUAAAAGAAUGGAUCAAACUAA